UUUUGAAAAGAAAUUGCCGGGAUGGAAAGAGUAACUUUUAUUCAAAACAAUCAUCCAACUCCAAAAAUAUUGAAUACAAUUCAUAAAUAAGUUUAAGCUUAGUUUGAGUCUGAUUCAGACUAUGAUUUCCCGCCAGUUUCAAAGGCUCUUGGAAGUCUCGAAAAGCUCGGUGCAAACCCUCCAAAUCCUCCAUUGCACACUCCUCAAAACCUCUCUCGACCAUGAUGAAUACUUCUUCUCCCAGCUCAUGCUCUCCGCUGCCUCCGCCUCCCUCCGCCACGCGCGGCGCCUCUUCGACGCCUCCCCCAUCGCGCCGCCGCCUCUCUUCGCGUGGAACAUGCUGAUCAAGGCCUACUCCAGGAGCUCCAUCUCCUCCGCCCCGACAGAGGCCGUGACCCUCUUUGCGGAAUUACUUCGAACGCCUGGUGCUGGCAGACCUAAUCAUUUCACGUUCCCUUUUGUCAUCAAGGCCUGCGGGCGGGGCUCGAUGCUCGGAGCUGGUGGGUCGGUGCACGCCCUCACUGUGAAGGCGGGAUUCGGUUCGGAUCCACAUGUGGGGAAUACCCUCUUGACGAUGUAUGCUGGGUGCGGCUUGGUUGAGUUUGCGAGGAUGGUAUUCGAUGAAAUGCCGGAAAGAAAUGUGGUAUCUUGGAGUUCCUUGAUUGCCGCUUAUGUUGAUUGUAACCUUGAAUCGGAGGCGUUGAGAGCAUUCAACGACAUGACCAUGACAAACGAGAAGCCAAACUCAGUCACAUUCGUCAGCCUUCUCUCUGCUUGCACCAACCUCCUCAAAAUCAGGCAAGGAAGAUCCAUCCAUUCAUACAUUGUCAUCAAUGGUAUGGAGUUGAACGCCGAGUUGGGAACGGCCCUUCUGAGUAUGUAUGCAAAAUCAGGUCAUAUAUCCGAAGCCCUCCACGUAUUCAACUCCAUCAGCCAAAAAAAUCUGCAGUCUUGGACAGUAAUGGUCUCUUGUCUUGCAAGCAAUGGCCUGGGAGAAGAAGCUGUGUCUUUGUUUGCCCGAAUGGAACAAGAAGCCGGCUUGACACCAGACAGCGUGUCAUUCACAUCUGUGCUCUCUGCUUGCAGCCAUGGAGGAAUUGUAAGCAAGGGGAAGGAGCUUUUCAAGAAAAUGGUGAAUGUGUACAAAAUCAAGCCUACUAUGGAGCACUAUGGCUGCAUGGUCGACUUACUUGGACGCAGUGGAGAGAUUGAAGAGGCUUACCGGGUUAUCAUGAGCAUGCCAAUGGAGCCCAACUCUGUUAUCUUGAGGAGUUACCUAAGUGCUUGUAAUGUACACCAUUGUGCUCAUGGUUUAGACGGGCAUUUGGUGGAGCGUUUGAUCGAGCUCAGCCCCGACGUUGGAGCUAAUUAUGUGCUUGCUUCUUCAGUGUCGUUGGGAGUCGGAUGCAGGGUGAAAGGGUAUGAUGAUGCGAGAAAUGAGAUGAAGAUAAAAGGUGUGGAAAAAGUCCCUGGUUAUAGUUGGGUGCAGGCUCCUCCUCUUGCUGGUUGAAAACUUAUAUGCAAUGCCCAAAUUUGGAUGGUUGAGUUUGGGAACUAAGGCUAGCUAGGUUUCUUUGGAUUCGAAUUCGAUUGAUUCUCUUAAUUUGCAUGGAAAUCAAGAGUAAAUAUGUUCUGAUUUUCGACAUAACCAACCUUUCAACUU